AUGUUCAUCUUAAGGGUUUUUGAGAUAAUUAAAAGUUUAAAUUCAUAGAGGUAGUAAUAUCUAAUUGUGGGAUAUAAUUUGUGAAAAAUCCGUGAAAAAUACUAAGAUUAUUAAUUUAUUAUUUUAUUUAUUUAAUUUAAAUAAAUUGUAGUAUGUCCGAUGACCCAUUAAGUAAAAGUACCGCUCGAUUGUCAAUUUCUACAUUUGAUGUUGAAAACGAUAAUCCGAGAAUUCAAGUUAAAGAAUUAUUAAAUAAUAUUGGAGCUUCAGAAUUAAGUAGACGAGAUUCAGUAGUAUCUAUAACUUCAAUGGAAGAAAUUGAAAAAACCAAUGAAAGAAUGAAAAGAAGAAGAUCAUCAGUACCAAUAUUUAAUGAUGAAAAGAGAAAUAAAAGUGAUUCAGGUCCUAAGAAAAAGAAAAAGAAGAAGCCAUCACUUACUUUUAAACUUGAAUCAACAGAAAAGAGACUCCCAUUUCAUUGUUUAAGAGAUUUAGUAUUAAAAAUAUUUAAUGUUAAUGUUUCAAAGUUUAACUGGUUAAGAUUAGAAAAUGAAGCUCAUAUACCGAAUGUUGUAUUUUGUAUGACUCCAGGUUUACCAUAUGAUAUUUUCACUAAUUUUAAAGAAAAUGAUCAAUUAAUACCGAUGGAAUCAAUUGAAAUUCCUCAAUCAUUAGAAUUCUUUAACAAACAAUUUCUGCAUUUUAUAAAUACAUCAUGUCCAGGAGGUAAAGAUUCAAUAUUCCCACCAUUACAAGCUAUUUCAAAUGCUCCAUUAACCAAAAGAGAGAAACAAGAACUUCUUGAUAAACUGAAAGCAAACUCCAUUACCAUUCAUGAUUUAUUAUUAACCGCUGAGCAGUUAAUACAACAUAAUUAUCCAGUUAUCCGAAAACCUGAAGAAGUCGAUUUAAUUACUGAAGAUGAAGCUGAAGGUUGGGUAGUGACAAAGAGUUUUGAACAUGAAGGUUCACAUAUAUUUGCAUUAGAUUGUGAAUUUUGUGAUGCUAAUGGAGUAAAAGUACUAACUAGAAUUUCUUUAAUUAAUUUUCAAGGUGAAGUUGUUCAUGAUCUGUAUGUUAAACCUGAAUUAGAAAUUACUGAUUAUUUAACUAAAUAUUCCGGGAUAACUGAAGAGUUAUUAAAAGAUGUUACAACCACUUUAAAGGAUAUUCAAGAGAAGAUAUUAACGUUAGUUUCUAAAGAUGAUAUAUUAGUUGGUCAUUCAUUAGAAUCAGAUUUAAAUGUUAUGAAAAUUAAGCAUGAUAAAAUUGUAGACACAUCAGUCAUAUAUGAACAUGUUAGGGGUCCCCCACUGAAGCCAUCAUUAAGAUGGUUAAGUAGUAAAUUUCUUAAUCGUUCAAUUCAAGAUGGAGAAGAAAAUGGUGAAGGUCAUUCAUCUGUUGAAGAUGCUCAAGCAUGUUUAGAUUUGGUGAAAUUGAAAAUUGCAGAAGGGAAAUGUUUUGGGGUUAACAUUGGUGAGAUUUCACUUUUCAAAAAGAUUAGUAACGAUAUAAGUUCAGAAGGUUUCAAAUCAUUAUGGAUUAAUUAUAGUGAUCAUAAGUAUCAAGAAUCUUAUCAUGAACCAUCUGAAAAUAUGGUUGAUGUCGAGUAUGUAAAUAAUGAUGAUGAAGUGGUUGAGAAGUUCUUAACCCAUUUCAAUGAUUCUCGUAGAUUCACAUUAUUAAGUCUUCGAGAACUUGAAUUUAAUGUUCUUAAUCCAAAUAUACCAGAACAUUAUAACGGAGUACGAGAUGAUAAGGAGAAUUUGGUUCAAUUACAUGAGAAAUUAAAUCGUCGAUUAGAAACCAUCUAUGAAAGACUUCCUGCAAAUAGUUUAAUGAUAGUUUAUUCCAUAAUUGGAAAUCCUAAAGAAAUGUUCAGAUUACAAGGAAUUCGAAAACAAUUUCAAAAAUUAGAGCGUGAAGGUAGAGAUAUUACUAAAUUACCUAGUGAAGAGAGUUGGGAUUUUGAUAAAUUACAAGAAUUAUAUGAAGCUACUAAUAACGCAAAGAAAUCAGUAACAUUUAUUAAACUCAAAGAAUAAACCACAUUAACAUUAUGUAUAUUUAAACAUAUAUAGUAUAGACAUUGUAUAUUAGUCAAAAUUUUAAUAUUA